UGCGGGGGACGGAGUCUGGUGUCCCCCGGCAGUACCUGUCUGGGGUCGUUUGCAGAGGGAUCCGGAGAGGGAAGGGCUUACCUUGUGCCGCCCUCCCCUAGAGGACCCGCCAGGGAAAUGGAGUGGACGCAGGGACCCCGGCUCUGAUGGGACAGUGAUGACCUGGAGCUGUCAGUUGAUUGUAUGGAUUUUUUAAUGGAUUAUAUUAGAUUGAACGCCGCUGUCGAUAUUCAACCAGCAUGCCUCGGACUUUAUUGUGGGAAGACCCUGUUAUUUAAAAAUAGCUCAACUGAAGUUUAUGGAGAAUGUGGGGUGUGCCCAAGAGGACAGAGAACAAAUGCACAGAAACAUUGCCAGCCUUGCACAGAGUCUCCAGAACUUUAUGACUGGCUCUACCUUGGGUUUAUGGCCAUGCUGCCUCUUGUUCUGCAUUGGUUCUUCAUUGAGUGGCACUCGGGGAAGAAGAGUUCCAGUGCCCUUUUCCAGCAUAUCACCGCCUUACUGGAAUGCAGCGUGGCAGCUGUUAUCACGCUCCUUGUGAGUGAGCCUGUUGGUGUUCUUCAGAUCCGUUCGUGUCGGGUCCUGAUGCUUUCUGAUUGGUACACGAUGCUGUACAACCCAAGCCCAGAUUAUGUCACCACCGUGCACUGUACGCAUGAAGCUGUUUACCCACUCUACACAAUUGUAUUUAUCUAUUACGCAUUCUGCUUGGUGUUAAUGAUGCUGCUCCGGCCUCUUCUGGUAAAGAAGAUUGCCUGUGGGCUAGGGAAGUCCGAUCGAUUUAAAAGUAUUUAUGCUGCACUUUACUUCUUCCCAAUUGUAACUGUGCUCCAGGCAGUUGGAGGAGGCCUUUUAUAUUAUGCCUUUCCAUACAUUAUAUUAGUGUUAUCUCUGGUUACUCUGGCAGUGUACAUGUCGGCUUCUGAAAUAGAGAACUGCUAUGAUCUUCUGGUGAGGAAGAAAAGGCUUGUUGUUCUCUUCAGCCACUGGUUGCUCCAUGCCUAUGGGAUCAUCUCCAUUUCCAGAGUGGACAAGCUGGAACAAGACUUACCUCUUUUAGCCUUGGUACCGACACCAGCGCUGUUUUACUUGUUCACCGCCAGAUUUACCGAGCCUUCUCGGAUACUCUCAGAAGGAGCCAAUGGUCACUGAAUGUAAAAUGCCAAAAAAAAAAAAAAAAAUCUAAAGUGUUCUUAGUGGAAAUGUAAAGAAAUCUUUAAAAAAGUAUCAGUACUCUCGGCCACACAUGGGCAUAAGAUCAUCAGUAUAUCGUAAUGUUUUUUGACUAUUUGUUCCAUGUGCUAUUUUACACUAGAAGCUUCCCAAGGAGCCUUUCUCGACUGCUCAGUUAGUUUUAGGGCAGUCAUAUUUCUGCAUCUACAGCGUAGCUCUCUGUCUGUGCUUUCAAAUGAGGACAGACCUGAAGUGUAGCCUGCAGUCAGCAGCGCCGUGAUUGCACACCCACAACGAGUCAUCUGAUAGCAAACAUGGAAAUAAACUAUGUUGGGCUUUAUUUUCGCCAAUACAGUAUUUUGAUAUGUAAAAAUAGAGCAUAGUUUCUAUGUGACAGGCCUUCUGUUCAGAUAAUGUGGUAGGAGACGUGUUCAGAUUGUUGUACCUGAAAAGAAAAACACAAAAUUAAAGGCUUCAUUCUAUAAAAACCUCAA